AGAUGGCUGAUUUCUCUGCUCACCACAACCAGAGCCAGUCUGCACUCACCCCCACCAACGGGACGUUGGUACUGUUCCUGAGCUUGCAGCUGGUACACCAGCUGAAGGAGCUGAUCAUCCUGCUGUAUGCAGCCGUGGCGGUGGUGGGCAUGGUGGGGAACUGCUUGCUGGUGCACGUCAUUGUGCAGGUGAAGAAGAUGCACAAUGUCACCAACUUCCUGGUCGGGAACCUGGCCCUGUCAGACGUGGCCAUGUGCGCCACCUGCAUCCCACUCACCCUGGCCUACAUCUUCGAGCCCCGCGGCUGGAUCUUCGGCAGCACCAGGUGCUACUUCAUCUUCUUCAUGCAGCCUGUCACCGUCUACGUGUCUGUCUUCACUCUGGCCACCAUUGUUGCGGACUGUUACAUUGCCAUUGUGCAUCCACUGCGGCGCCGCAUCUCGCUGCAGCUGGGUGCCUACGUGGUGCUCUUCAUCUGGAUCCUUUCUGGCUGCCUGGCACUGCCAGCCAUGGCUCACACCUACUACGUGGAACUCGGCCAGCAGGAGAUCACUCUGUGCGAGGAGUUCUGGGGGGAACAAGAGCACCAGCGUCAGACCUAUGUGCUCUUCCUGCUGCUUAUCACCUACCUCUGCCCCCUGCUAGCCAUCCUGGUCUCCUACACCAAGAUCUCCCUCAAGCUCAAGAACAGGGUCAUGCCUGGUACUAUCACUCAGAUUCAGGCCAACUGGGACAGAGCCAGGCACAAGAGGACCUUCUGCCUGCUGGUUGUAGUAGGGGUGGUCUUUGGGGUGUGCUGGCUGCCCUUACAUACCUUCAACCUCAUCCGGGACAUCAACAUCAAUGCCAUGGAUGCCUAUUAUUUUAGCCUUGUCCAGCUGCUGUGCCACUGGUUUGCUAUGAGCUCCGCCUGCUACAACCCCUUCAUAUAUGCCUGGCUGCAUGGUAGCUUUAGGGAGGAGCUAAAGAAGUUAUUGGUCUGGCACAGAAAAGUGGCUCCUUAUAGGUAAAGCAUGACAGUGAGUGUUGUCAUCUGACCUGCUGCCCAGCGGCUCCUCUUGGAGGGUCACUGACCUACACUGAGCUCCCACAGUAUAUUGGCUCAAGUUGCAAACUAAAACAAUAAGAUGUGCCAUCCAAAUGCCUCCAAUCCUGUGCCAGGCACAAUUUGCCUCAUUCCACUUUGAAAGCUAUGGACAUCUGUUCUGUUUAAAGAAUAUAUGUCUCUAGGUGAAACAUGUUCGCUGCAGACUGUUCCUUUAGAGGGGCUAGCCCAAGAGAGCGGGAUUGGGGUGUAUGCGUGUGUCAGAGUGAAUUCAUUUUUUAGUUUUAAAAAUACUUAGUUAAAAUACAUUAAACACAUUCAUAGAUAUUUGUUUUGAAAGUCAGUGGAAACUAUCUUCCCCUUCCUACCUCCUCUCCUGGGUUAAUCUGGGUUAUAGUUUAUAAAGGAAAUGGAUGCAAGGGACAUUUUAGUGAUAUGUUUCAAAAAUUCUCUGAAAAGAAGAUUCAGUAAAUAAGGAGAGAUGCCCACUCGGAGAGAUGCUGUGUAUCUGCAGCUUCCACUGUAGAUGCA